ACCAGAGAUUGAAGCAAGUGGCGGUUGCUGAGAAAGAUCGGGCCAGGGUGACCAAGGGCCUACCAGAUGUGGUGGCUAUCAUGGAGAAUAAAUCUCUGUGCUUGACCUGCUUCGCUGACGGUGCCCCUGCCCCAGAGAUGAUCUGGCUGAGGAACGACAAAGGCAUCGUCUCAGGGGGCCAGUUCAACAUCGCCAACGAGAAUAAGUGSAGCACUCUGACCGUCAACAGUGUGACUAGCGAGGAAUCAGGCAACUACUGCAUCUUUGWGCGCAACCAGUACGGCACUCAGACGGUCRACGUGACCGUGASCGUCURCAAGCAUGGCGAGAAGCCCCCGCACGAUGCAGYGGAGAUGUAAGGAAGGAAGGAGCGUUGGUUUUGUUGCACUAAGAGACGAUUACAACUGGGUACCAGACGUCAAUUCAAUGUAUUUUCAACGCUGGUUCCACAUGACAUGAGAACAACGUUGAUUCAACCAGUGUGUGCCCAGUGGGUUGUGUUUGUGUGGUGGUUGAGCCAGUUCGUUUUCAUGGGGUUAAAUUGGAGUUAAUGGGGAGUGAAAUGCUAGAAGCGGUUAAUUUGUGGCAUUGGGAUGUAGCAAUGACUAAGAAGUUACUUGUGCUAGAGGGAAUGCAGUCAAUUAGGACAAUUUGAGGUCCAGUCAAAACUGCAACAACCUGUAUUCUUGUGUCAUUAGACUACCAGUAAAUAUCCCAAGAGUGUCAGCUACAAUUUUAUGAUGUCGCCCCUUUCUUUCUGGAGCAAUUUAAUAAUAGGACCUGUGAGCAGGGACUAGAAAGCUCUGAAGUAGGAUUCAUUGGCCAAGGCGAGCACGUUAAAGUUUCAUUUCAUGUCUUGACAGCAGCAGACUUGAUGCCAAUUGCAAUUAUCUCCCAUGUUGUAUUUCACUAGAGGUGUCAUGUUAGCCAUGUACACGGAGCAAAUCACAUCGGUGCACGACACGUCAAGUUCGUUUUUCUAUAUCAACCUAAUUUAUGCUCUGACCUCCCUGUAAUAAGGCUGUAAUCUCACUCACUCAGAGUCGGCACCUGCAGCUCAAGUAGGUUUAUUAGCCUGUCCGCUCUCCACAUACAGCGUUUGUCAUAUCAUGUGUCUCUGCAAUCGCUUCUAAUAAAGCUGCUAAGAAAGUGAUUUGAUCUUGGUGGCUUGACACCGUUUCAUUCACCUCCAACAUGCCUCUGAUGUUAUUGUGUGCACUGUUUGAGAUGUCUGCCAGAGKGAUUCGUCAUUCAAUGWUUAUUAGAAACAUCUCAUAGAAGUGCGGKAAAGUAUUAUGCAAUUAAAGAGUAGCUACAAUAUGUCUUCUGAACUGAUAGAAGAGCUCUUGUCCAAGGUGUCAUUCACCCAUUGCCUGGCUAAACAGUGGAGUAGAUUUGAACACUGUUUUUAGGAAGAUUCCACAGGACAUCAGACCUGGGUUCGAAUACUAUUCAAACAGUUUCAGAGUUUGCUUUAGCCUGYCCAAAGAGCCAUGUGGCCUGGUUUGCACUUUUGCACUGAUUUUAUCGGUUCCAUUGUGCUAGGCAAGCUCGAUAAAGCCCAGUUGAAGUAUUCAAAAUUAUUUCAGAUAGCAAUUUAAACACAGGUCUGUAUUUAGGACAGUAUUGCAAUAGGUGCUCAGACACAAACUUGAGAUCUGCGUGACAGAAGUUUCAGAAGCCAAUCUAUUGGGAUGAGUAAAACCCAUGCAUAUGUCAUUUUAUGGCUCAGACAUAACGUACUCUUCCCCAUCCCAAGACAACUGGAAGUUGGGGUCAUGCCAGACAGAUGUAAGCGAACUCUGGGUUGUUCAAACAAU